CGCUCUCGGCAUGGCCGCUCUGCCCCGCCGCUGCUGAGGAGCCGCCGGGCCCGCUCCCUUCCGCCGCCGCCCGCUUCCCUUCCGCCGCCGCACCCCCCUUCGCCCGCCGCGACCCGCAGGGCCAUGGCCGACUGGGCCCCCGCUCAGGAGCUGGAGUGGGAGAUGGAGUCUCAGGAGCUGGCCCUGGAGCAGCCCUUGGUCGCCCCGGAGCAGGGCCCCGCCGGGGAGGCCGAGCUGCCGGCCGCCGAGAUCUCCCUGACGCUAGUCACCGAGAUCCAGGCCGUGGACAGGAAGGUGGACGCCCAGGCCGCCCAGCUGAUGAACCUGGAGGGGAGGAUGAGGAUGGCGGAGACCAAGCUGAUCGGUUGCGAGAAGACGGCGGUGGAGUUCGGGAACCAGCUGGAGAGCAAGUGGACCGCGCUGGGCACCCUCAUCCAGGAGUACGGGCAGCUACAGAAGAGGCUGGAGAACAUGGAGAACCUGCUGAAGAACAGGAACUUCUGGAUCCUGCGGCUGCCCCCGGGGGCGAAGGGGGAGGUCCCCAAGGUCCCCGUGGCGUUCAACGAUGCUUCGUUUAACUUCUCUGAGGAGGAGUGGAAGAGCUUGAACGAGUGGCAGAAGGAGCUUUACAGGCAUAUCAUGAAAGGCAACUAUGAGGCCGUCAUCUCGAUGGAUGCUGCCAUUUCGAAGCCUGACCUCCUGUCACGGAUUGAGCAAGGAGAGGAUCCCAACGCGGAGGAUCAGGAUGACUCUGAGGGAGGAGAAACCCCUACAGACCCCAGCACCGAGUUUUCCUUUCCUGGUCCGGAUGACAGCUCGUGGAGUAAAUACGAAGAGACUCUGGCUGAAAGCCACGAGGGCUCUGAAGAAGAGGAAAGCAUGGAGGUCCCUAGUACAUCUAUAUAUAGAGAUCUCACCAUUGUACUGUCUGAGCUUUCCCAAGAAGUCUUUAUCAAUGAUCUGGACGAGGGGAUCGAGUGCAGCCUCAAUGAACAGCAGUGUGAUGAGGAAGGUCCCGAAAGCCUUGAGCUUCCUGGCUCCUUGGCAGGAAAGUGGGAAGAGGUUUUCUCAAGCCCAGAGGAAGAGAUGAAGCCAAGCGGCAAGAGCCGGAGCGGAUCGACCCCGCAACAGAGAACCGGAACAGGCAACGGGCUGAGGCGCUCCUCUCGCCGCGGGAGAGACUUGGCCAAGAAGGACGCUCCUGAGGACGUGGCCGCAGUAGAGGGGCCGUACAUUUGCUGCGAGUGCGGGGAGAGUUUCCUGGACAAGCAGCUCUUUGCCACCCAUCAGAAAGCGCACGCCAGCGAGGAAGCCUGCACUUCCCUGGAGCACGGAGAAAGCUUCAGGCAGAAAUCCAAAGCGUCCUCUACGAAAGCCCAAGGAGCCUCCCGCUCCAAACCCUCCAAGCGCUCCGACGGGGAGAAAAGCUCCGGUUUCAAGUACGGUUUUGUCAGGCAGGUGAACAACAUGGUGGAGAGACCGUACACCUGCUCCCAGUGCAAGGAGAGCUUCAGCCUGGAAGUGAGCCUUAUCUUGCACCAGAAGCUCCAUACGGGGAAGGGCGACGGGCCGCUGACGUGCACCUACUGCGGGAAGGACUUCCGAGACCUCUCCAAAGCCAUCCGCCAUCAGCGCAUCCACACCGGGGAGCGGCCCUACCAGUGCACCGAGUGCGGCAAGAGCUUCAUCCGGCGGGACCACCUGCUCAAGCACUGGCGGGUCCACACCGGGGAGACCCCCUACCAGUGCCCCGUCUGCGGGAAGCACUUCCGUUACAAAGAGUCGCUGAAUUGCCACCAGAAAAUCCAUUCCCGCAACCCCCGGCCCUUGGAGGAUUCGCAGCACAACCUGGAGUCGGCAACUCAAACCGGCCAUUUCUGCGUGAAAAAAGAAACUAAGCACGGCGGCGGGCGGGCCGCCCCCUGCCGGCUCGGCGGGGCAGCGGCGGGGCCGGAGCGCGGAGCGGCGGAGCCGGGACCCGGAGCCGCGCUCGGUCUCUCGCCGCCGCCGCCGCCGCUCCCCCCCCCCCGCCCCCGCCCCGCUCCUCCCCGCACACACACACUCACACACACCCCGCGGCCCCGCCGCCUUUUCCCCCCCACCCCGUGGCGUCGGGCCGCGCCCCCGCCCCGCCGCCCCCCGCCCCGCCGCCGCCCCCGCCGCGCCGCGCCGCCCCGGGCCCAGCCCGAUGCCCGGCGGCGGGCGGAGGUGAAGGAGCGAACGGGCGCUGGAUCCUCCCCGGCCGCAGCCCCCGGGGCCCCGGGCAGGGAACAAAGGGCCAUGGCCGAGGGGGCUCCCGUUCAGGAGCCGGUGCUGCAGCCCCGCUGCCCCUCGCCCCGGCGGCCGGCGGCCGUCCCCGAGCGCACCUCGGAGCGGGAGACGCAGACGGCCGAGCUGUCCCUGACGGUGGUGGCGGCUGUGCAGGCGGUGGAGAGGAAGGUGGACUCCCACUCCACCCGCCUGCUCGACCUGGAGGGGCGGACGGGGAUGGCGGAGAAGAAGCUGAUCGACUGCGAGAAGACGGCGGCGGAGCUGGGGAACCAGCUGGAGAGCAAGUGCGCGGCGCUGGGCACCCUCAUCCAGGAGUACGGGCUGCUCCAGCGGCGCCUGGAGAACAUGGAGAACCUCCUGAAGAACAGGAACUUCUGGAUCCUGCGGCUGCCACCGGGCAGGAAAGGGGAGGUCCCCAAGGUGCCGGUGACGUUUGACGACGUGUCCGUGUAUUUCAACAACAAGGAGUGGGAGAAGCUGGAGGAGUGGCAGAAGGAGCUGUACAAGAAUGUGAUGAAGGGGAACUAUGAGUCGCUGAUCUCCCUGGACUAUGCAAUUUCCAAACCUGGUGUUUUGUCUCAGAUUGAGCAAGGAGAAGAAUCGCGGGUCAGGAAUGAGCAGGACUUGGAGGAGAGCGAGAUCAUUACUGAUGCCACCGCAGCUGGCAUAAGGGUUGUGAUCAAAACGGAGGAGCUCCUACCUGAAGACAGCCCUGAAAACCCCGAGCUGCACGGGAUGUCGGGGCAGUCGGAGGGGAGUUUCCAGAGCCCGGACGAGGAGGCAGCCUGCGAGAGCCCCUACGGCUCCGUCUCCCCACCGAGGGACCUCCCAGGAACCAGCCUGGGUGACUCAUCCGAAUACGUUGCUGAUUUCAACGAGAUCCAGAGAGUCAUCGUUCACCACGGGAACUGCACAGAGGACGGGAUCGUGAUCAAGACGGAGGAGGAGGAGGAGGAGGAGGAGGACGACCCCGACACCCUGGAGCCGUGUGCCAUGUUCUCGGGCAGGACCGAGCCGCCGGCAUUCCCCAGCCACGAGGCCGGGCUGGGCUGCGAGGCGCAGUGCAGCUCCAAAACGCAGCCCAGGAGCCUGGCGGCCGCCCGGGUAAGAAAAGCCCCCGCCUGCGAGAGAGACUCCGGGGAGAUGAAGCCGGCCAUCGCUCAGCAGCGGAACCGGACGAGGGAGAGGCCCUACAUCUGCCCCGAGUGCGGGAAGAGCUUCAUGCUCAAGAUCAACUUCAUGAUCCACCAGCGCAACCACCUCAAGGAAGGGCCCUACGAGUGCCACGACUGCGACCUCAGCUUCCGCAACAAGCAGCAGUUCCUGCUGCACCAGCGCAGCCACACGCGCCGGGGCGUGGGGGUCCCCCGGCGCCCCGAGCACGGCCUCAAGCCCCAGGCGCGGCCCCCGCCGCCGGGGAAGCCCUACAAGUGCUCCGAGUGCGAGAGCAGCUUCAGCCACAAGUCGAGCCUCAGCAAACACCAGAUCACCCACGUCGGGGAGCGGCCCUUCACCUGCGGCGAGUGCCGGAGGAGCUUCCGCUUGCAGAUCAGCCUCAUCAUGCACCAGAGGAUCCACGCCGGCAAGAGCGAGAUGGCUUUCCUCUGCCCCCAGUGCGGGAAGAACUUCACCCGGCCCUCCCACCUCCUGCGGCACCAGCGGACUCACACCGGCGAGCGGCCCUACCAGUGCAGCCAGUGCGAGAAGACCUUCAGCGAGAAGUCCAAGCUCACCAACCAUUACCGCAUCCACACCCGGGAGCGCCCGCACGCCUGCGCCGUCUGCGGGAAGGGUUUCAUCCGCAAGCACCAUCUCCUGGAGCACCAGCGCAUCCACACGGGCGAGCGGCCCUACCACUGCACCGAGUGCGGCAAGAACUUCACCCAGAAGCAUCACCUCCUGGAGCACCAGCGGGCGCACACCGGCGAGCGGCCCUACCCCUGCACCGAGUGCACCAAGUGCUUCCGCUACAAGCAGUCCCUCAAGUACCACCUGAGGACGCACAUGGGAGAGUGAGGGGCUGCCGACGGCUUCCUCUCCCUCCCCUCCCUCCCUCCAUCCAUCCCUCCAGCCCUCCUCCUCCUCUUCCUCCUCCGCUCAUCUCUCCCACCCUCCUUCCACCCCCCACCCCCGGCUCAGGGCAUGGACAUCAAGGAAGCUUUGUGUGGUAGCGCCGCUGGUCUGGUGGAGACGGCUAGGCUGAUUGGAAAAAUAAAUUAAUUAAUUAAAGCAAGCAACGCGCGGCAAAAUUUAAAAGAUUAUAUAUAUAUAAAAUUAACAGAAGCAGCUGAUUUAGGGGGAAUCCUCACCAUCAGAAAAAAAAAAAAAAAGGCAAACAAACCAACAACAAAAGAAACCUGUACAGGGUGUUUUGCCGGAGUAGGACUCUUAACUGCUUUUUAAAUCUACUGUUUGUUUUUUUUUAAUAAAUGUGGAGGAACUUUUUAUUUGAUAAGCAAACCUAGGAUCGCCAAGAUAUUUUUUUUUUUUUUUUAUUUUAUUUUUUUUUUAAGUGCUCUGUAGGCUGAUUCUGGCACAGUCACUUCUGCCCAGGAGCUCUGCAGAGGCGCUGCCUCGUCCCAGCUUCGUGGGCUGGACGCGACAGUCGCUCCGCAGCGCGUGGGGACAAGGAGCUGCCGGCCAGGGGGAGGUGAGUAAUAAAUAGAUCCAGAUGACGAGGAAGUUCUCCGUGUGUGUCUAGAUUCGAAGCGCUGAUAGGUGCCUGCCCGGCUCUCGGUGCUGUGAUGCACUCAUGCAUUAUACAAUAGAAUAAAAUACUAGUUGCAGCAAAAGAACCUUUUUCUGGUAGGACCCCAUCAGCAAGGCUCCUCCAAACACUCAUUUCUAGCGCUUAGUCCUUCCCGCAGCGGCAGAUGCCUUUCGGUGAGCGGUGAUGCCGGGCGCCAUGAGAGCGUCACCGGAGGCAUCACCGGCCGGCACGAGACGCGGGAGCGGUUUGUAGACGCGGAGUCUCGCUGCGGUGUGCGGUGGGGCCGUGACGUACGUGUGCGCAGGACCUCGCCGUGGUUUAACUGAUCCUCUGCUCUCUUCAAAAUCCACGGCGGCGAGCGGGCUGCCCUCACUGGUAGCAUCGAGCGCGUGCUUCCCGGCGGCGGGAGAAGCAGGACUCCGAUCCCGGGCUGGCUCCGAGAAAAGCCCCAGCCAGCUCAGGGUCGCCCAUGGGAGACCACCCGGCUCCCAGGCUGCCGGAGUCCCUUGCCGCACGGCUGUAGUCGCGGUGGGUGGGACACGGGCCCGUCUCCUCGCUGUCGGUUUGAGCUCCCAUCUCCGGCAGCUCCAGUUCUCUGCGUUCCUGGCUCGCCCUCCUCACAGCUCCCGUCGUGGUUGGGCUGCGGCUGGGUGAGAUGCGCCCGAAGGGCCGGGCUGUGGCCGGAGCGGUGACACCAGCUCCCCGGCGCACACCGGGCUCCUGGCCGAUGGGUGCCUUGGGGGCGGCAGUGUCGGAUCUCGUGUCGGACAGUGGCAUCAAUAAACAGA